UUCUUUACAGAAACCACCAGGAAAUUCCUUACACUCCAAUUCCAACAAAGCUCACACAAGCUCUUCGACACGUACGUACAGGCAUAGCCAAGAUGGAGGCCAAAUGGUGUUUUCUUGUGACAAUGGCGUUGUUAGUGGUAGUAGUAAAUGGAGAUGAAUCAUCUCAAGUGAAGACAGUAGUGAAGAUAGUGAAGGGAAAGAAGUUGUGCGACAAGGGAUGGGAAUGCAAAGGCUUGUCUGCUUAUUGCUGCAACCAAACCAUUUCUGAUUUUUUCCAGACCUACCAGUUCGAAAACUUGUUUUCAAAACGCAACACUCCUGUGGCUCAUGCUUCGGGAUUUUGGGAUUACCAUUCUUUUAUUACUGCAACUGCAGAAUACCAGCCUCAUGGAUUUGGUACCACUGGAGGGAAACUUACGGGGCAGAAGGAAGUUGCUGCUUUCCUUGGGCAUGUUGGAAGCAAAACCUCAUGUGGUUAUGGAGUGGCCACUGGAGGACCAUUGGCAUGGGGUUUGUGCUACAACAAGGAAAUGAGUCCCAGCAAGACAUACUGCGAUGAUUACUACAAGUACACCUAUCCUUGCACUCCGGGGGUUUCCUAUCACGGCAGGGGUGCCCUACCUCUUUACUGGAACUACAACUAUGGAAAAACUGGGGAAGCCCUGAAGAUUGAUUUGUUGAACCAUCCAGAGUACAUCGAAAACAAUGCUACACUAGCUUUCCAGGCUGCUAUUUGGAAGUGGAUGACACCAGAAAAGAAGCAUCUCCCUUCAGCGCACGAUGUAUUUGUUGGCAAAUGGAAACCUACCAAGAAUGACACUUUGGCCAAGAGGGUACCUGGAUUUGGCACCACCAUGAAUGUCCUGUAUGGGGAUCAAGUUUGCGGCAAAGGCGAUGAUGAGUCAAUGAACAACAUUGUCUCUCAUUACCUAUAUUAUCUCGAUCUAAUGGGUGUUGGCAGAGAGGAAGCCGGGUCUCAUGAAGUGCUUAGCUGUGCUGAGCAGCUUCCUUUCAACCAAGCCUCUGCCUCUGCAUCAUCUUCUUGAACUUCGUUGAAGUAUCCUGUCCAUUCUCGAACUGUUCUUCUACAUAUGAAGGGAAGACUUUAAUAAGGAACAAGCAGAUGUGGUUCCGAGGGUGUAAGCAAAUACUGAGAGGAAGAAAGAAUUUAUUCAACUUUUGAUUUUUAUGUGAAACUCUAUAAUACCAUGGACAAAUUAUGUAGAGAGUGUAUAUUGGGUCACUUCUGUGUAUUUUUUUGGGAUUCAUCACCUGUAUUAUGUUUUUGAAUUGCAUUCAUCUACUGUGGUCUUGGUUAUCAA